AUGGCCUCCCUUACACUCGUUACCGAGGCCCUUUCGGCCUUCACGCCCGCUCAAUGGUGCCAGAUAUUCUUCGGAGUCUCCUCGGCGACCAUUCUGGCUAUACAAAUGAUCCCCAAGGCUGCCCACCACCUGCUCCUUGAUUACGGCCCGCGUUCGCUGACCAGUACCGGUGGCCAGGCGAAGGAGUCAGCUGGACCCAAGGGAUCGAGUGUUUUCAUCAGCAUAGUCAGAGCGGUGGCCUCAGUUGGCCAGAUCCCUCACUCAUGGUUUAUGCACUUCUACGUUGCGUCAGUCGCGAGCUCGGUUUUCUGGGCAUGGCAGUAUCUCCAGGGGGGCUCGGCCAUCACAUCUAUCGCAGCGCAGCAGGCAGCUUCUGGAGCUCCGUCUAUGAGCUUCGAGCAGACGGUCCUUGUCUGGGCGCUUAUGGCUCUACAAGGUGGAAGGAGACUCUAUGAAUGUCUGUUUGUGAUGAAGCCGGGGUCUUCCAAGAUGUGGUUCGUCCAUUGGCUGCUCGGACUGGGAUUUUACCUCUGCAUGGGCGUAUCCAUCUGGGUCGACGUUUCCCUACGAGAGACAACUAAGCCGGAUUUUGGGAGACUGCUGUCGCCUGCCGCCAUCGUCGGAACGGCUACGUACUUGUACGGCUGGACCAAUCAGCACCUGUGCCAUAAACACCUGGCCGGCCUCAUGAAGUACUCGUUGCCAGACCGUGGCCUUUUCCGAUAUCUCGUCUGCCCCCACUACACCUGCGAAUGCCUCAUCUAUCUGGGUUUUGCCAUCACGGCCGCUCCGGAGGGCCAGUUCAUCAACCGUACUCUCCUAUGCGCCCUGUGGUUCAUUGUUGCCAACCUUGGCACAACGGCUGACGGAACGAAGCAAUGGUAUGCGCAAAAGUUUGGGCCUGAAAAGGUGGCUGAUAGAUGGAGAAUGAUUCCGUUCAUCUUCUAG